AGAAUGAAGAAUACUAGGGUUUUAAGCCCCGGAGUCAUCGGGUGGAAAGAGCGGGAGCAAAUCAACUCCACGCUCUAACGCAAAGCUCUGGUCUCCCCUGAAAACCAGAAAUGCCUCCCGGAGUUCGUGAGCUCACCGUGCUCGGAGAGUUCAAACCUUUUGGCCUCAUCGUCGAAGUCACCGACGGGGAACUUCCCAACGAGAAAUUCUCCGACGUCUAUCAAUAUUUCCUCUUCGACCCGGAAGUCGCCGGCGAACGAGAUGAAGCCGACGGUGAAGAAGCGGAGUUUACGAUGCCGAGAGAACACGAACUUUUCAUCCGCGGCAAUCGGAUAAUUUGGUCAAGCGUUUCUCGUGUGCUCAAGAGAUUUACCUUGCCUUCAGCAGUCAUCAAGGCAUGCUGGAGUCACCUGGGCGAUGGGUCAGAAACUUUUCUUUGUGUUUUACAGAUUGGUUGUUUAACUAUUUACAACAUAUCAGGUGAGGUUGUAUCGCUUCCACUUCCGCGCACUGUCACAUCAAUAUGGCCUCUACCAUUUGGUCUCCUUCUUCAGCAAGUCUGUGAAGUAAAUCCAUCUCUUAAUGUUCAAUUUUCAUCAUCGAGCCCUGUUCUUGGUUCUCGUGAGAUGCUACGGCAAAGAAAGGAUAUUGGGAAAAGUUCACCUCAAAUCUUCCAUUCCCCAGUCACGUAUGAUCUUAUUAGCAAAGGAGACAUGUCAUAUACAUCUUCCCACCUAAUUCUAAGAGAUCCAUUAGAAGAACCUGGGUUGACCUAUCAAGAAGAGAGGGGAAAACUGAACAUAAUGAAGGACUAUGAUGAGCGAACAAUUUGGACAAGUGGUCAUCUUCCUCUUAUUGCAUCAUAUAACAAAGGCAAGAUGCAACAUUCUGUGUGGGCAGUGGAACUUAUAAAUUCUAGCCCAGAAGGUUGUGGCUCUUCUUCAGGUUAUGUUGUUCCGGAUGGUGUUCUUCCUAAACGGGUAUCUUUCCGGAGAAUAUGGCAAGCAAAAGGAGCUAAGAAAGCUGCAUCUAAGGUCUUUUUGGCUUCUGAUGGUGAUGCAGUCCCAGUAAUUUGUUUUCUUAUUCUAGAACAAAAGAAGCUUUUGUCAGUGGGACUCCAAACUGUUGAAAUAAAUAAUGAAUUUCUUUUCGAUGUUAAGCCUGAUGUAACCUGGACUAUCCCGGCAGUUGCUGCAGCACCUAUUGUAGUGACACAUCCACGAGUGAAAUUGGGAUUGCUUCCACAUUCGGAUAUCAUCGUCUUAUCUCCAGAAAAUGAUCUUCUUCUUUAUUCAGGAAAGCAAUGUCUCUGCAAAUAUGUAUUGCCUUCUUGUUUGUGGGAAAGCCUUGUGUCUCAUAAUUGGGAGUCUGCAGAAAUAUCUUCAGUUUCACAGGACUUGAAGAUAACAGGACUAUCUGAUGCUGUUGGAGGAUGUGUCAACGUGUCAGUAAAUCAUUCACAAAUCUUCCGGUGUGCCUUAACAGGGGGUCCUUCAUCUUCACUUGCAAAUGAUUGCAUUGCAGCAAUAUCUGAGGGGUUACGAUCCGAUCUCUACAAUUAUUUUCUCUCUCUUCUCUGGGGAGAUAGUUAUUCUGAUCCCUCAUCACAGCGAGAUUCCAGUAUUCAUUUUGAAUGGGAUGCAUUAAGUAAUAUUUUUCUGGGAAUCUGCCAAAAGUCUAGGCCCAUACAUCAAGAUCAAUCUAGAGCAUCUCCAAGCUCUUCCUGGGAGUUUCUUCUCAGCAGCAAAUUUCAUAAGACCUAUUCUAGACUUCACAGUGGUAUGAUAUGUUCGAGAGAUCCCUUGGAUCUGGAAGGAAUUGUUCCCUUAGGUUCAGAGAUAGGUGGUGGGGAAACAUUGGGCAAGCCAUUUGAAUUAUUGAUGGAAAGUUUAUAUCAUCUUCAUGCGGUUUAUGAGAGUUUAAAAAUGGAUAAUCUACGGAAGCAGGAUUUGCAUAAUUUGGCUGUUCUAUUAUGCAGUAUUGCUAAGUUUUUGGAUGAAAAGUGCUACUUGGAUCAUUAUUUACGUGAUUUUCCUGGUCUUUCCAAAGUUAUUGGGUCGUGCACUACCACUUCCUCUGACAGAAAACCUCCUAGUUUAUUCAGAUGGCUUGAGAAGUGCUUAAGGCAUGGAUGUUUCUCUACGAACCUCGAUGACCUCCCGAAUUUGGUUUGUAAAAAUGGAAGCUCAAUUGUGAACCGGGCAAGGAAGAUUGUCUCGUUUUAUAGUGUUUUAUUUGGUGAUAAGCCAGUAGGAAAGACGCUUUCAUCAGGUCUCCCUUGUCAUAUAGCUCCUGGAUCAUACUCCAGCAGUGAGGAACUCACUGUUCUAGCAAUGGCUGGAGAAAGAUUUGGGCUUCAACAGCUCGAUACUCUACCUUCUGGUGUCUCUCUCCCUCUAAGACAUGCUUUGGAUAGUUGCAGGGAGUCUCCUCCGAUCGACUGGCCGGCAACUGCUUAUGUUCUUCUUGGUCGGGAAGAUUUGGCCUUAUCAUUCUUCACAAGAUUGAGCACAUCUAAGGAAUUUGGGAUGCAGACAAAUAUGAACAUAAUCUCAAUGUCCACACCUUACAUGCUGCAUUUGCACCCCGUAAUUGUUCCAUCCUCUUUAUCUGACUCAACUAGCUUUGAAAGCACUAAGAUAGAGGAUACAGAUUCAAUGGAUGGUUCUUUGAUAGAUGGAAUGGAGCAUAUCUUUAACUCCUGCACGCAGUUAAGAUAUGGUCGUGAUCUACGACUGAAUGAGGUUCGACGGCUUCUAUGUUCUUCCCGACCUGUCGUUAUUCAAACAUCUGCCAACCCUAGUGUUUCUGAUCAAGAGCAGCAACAGGACCAACUUUGGUGCAUAGCACAAAGGACUGCUGCGCUUCCGAUCGGCCGUGGUGCAUUCACUCUUUCAACGAUACAUACUCUUUUGACCGAGGCCUUUACUGUACCGAAGCUUGUUUUAGCUGGUCGAUUACCUGCCCAACAGAAUGCUAUUGUUAAUCUGGAUCCGAACAUAAGGAGUAUCCAGGAACUUAAGACCUGGCCAGAAUUUCACAAUGCUGUUGCAGCUGGGCUACGACUAGCACCGCUUCAGGGAAAAGUCUCCAGAACAUGGAUAAUAUACAACAAACCCGGAGAGCCAAACGCUGUUCAUUCUGGACUUCUCUUUGCAUUGGGAUUACAGGGAUAUUUGCAUGUCUUAAACCUUAGCGAUAUUUACCAAUAUUUUACUCAGGAUCAUGAGAGCACUACAGUAGGUCUGAUGCUUGGUCUGGCGGCUUCAUACAGGGGAACAAUGCAACCUGAUAUAGGAAAGGCUCUCUUUUUCCAUCUUCCUGCUCGAUACCAGGCUUCAUAUGCCGAGUUUGAGAUACCAACCCUUCUGCAGUCUGCAGCAUUGGUUUCAGUCGGCAUUCUAUUUGAAGGAUCGGCACACCUGCAGACUAUGCAAUUUCUUUUGGGUGAAAUUGGUCGCCGAAGUGCAGGUGAUAACGUGCUUGAAAGGGAGGGUUAUGCUGUAUCUGCUGGAUUUUCACUUGGUCUUGUUGCUCUGGGCCGUGGAGAAGAUACACUCGGUUUCAUGGAAACCUUUGUCAAUCGCUUACUCCAAUAUAUUGGCGGGAAAGAGGAAAUAUCUCUCCUUACAGCAUCAAUUGAAGAUAAUCGCAGCACUGCACAGAUUGCGGACGGGAGUUCAUCUAAUGUUGAUGUGACUGCUCCUGGAGCAAUAAUGGCCCUGGCAUUAAUGUAUCUUAAAACAGAGUCAGAGGUCAUCUUCUCGAAGCUCUCAAUCCCGCAAACACAUUAUGAUUUGCAGUGUGUAAGGCCUGAUUUCAUAAUGCUCCGUGUCAUUGCUCAGAACUUGAUAAUGUGGAACAGAGUCUACGCAACAAAUGAUUGGAUAGACUCCCAAGUCCCGGAAAUUGUCAGAAAUGGUAUCAAGUAUCUCAAAGACGACAUGGAUGAUAUGGAAGAAGUGGAUGUUGAAGCGCUUGUGCAGGCAUAUGUUAAUAUAGUGGCUGGAGCCUGCAUUUCACUUGGUUUGAGAUUUGCCGGCACAAGAGAUGGGAAUGCUCGUGAGUUACUUUCCAAUUAUGCUCUCUAUCUGUUGAAUGAGAUCAAGCCUGUUUCUGCUACAACUGGAGACAGAUUUCCGAGAGGGUUAUCUAAAUAUGUAGAUCGGGGAACACUUGAAAUGUGUCUUUAUCUUAUUAUUCUUUCCCUUUCGGUGGUCAUGGCUGGCUCAGGAGACCUGCAAAUAUUUCGCCUAUUGAGGUUUCUCCGCAGCCGAAAUUCUGCUGAUGGACAUGCUAAUUAUGGCAUUCAAAUGGCGGUGAGCUUAGCUACUGGAUUCUUGUUCCUUGGAGGUGGUAUGCGGACAUUUUCAACAACUAAUGGUUCCAUUGCAAUGUUGCUCAUCGCUCUAUAUCCACGCUUGCCUUCUGGACCAAAUGACAAUCGUUGUCACCUCCAGGCAUUCAGGCAUCUAUAUGUCCUUGCAACCGAAGCUCGUUGGUUACAGACUAUUGACGUUGAUACUGGUCUGCCCGUCUAUGCACCACUUGAAGUCACGAUCAAGGAGACAGAACUUUAUUCAGAAACAAGAUUUUGUGAGGUUACACCGUGCAUUCUGCCAGAACGUGCUAUUUUAAAGAGAAUUCGUGUCUGUGGUCCCCGUUACUGGCCUCAACAAGUUGAGCUUAUCCCAGAAGAGAAACCUUGGUGGAGUUCUGGGGACAGAAACGACCCCUUUAAUUCUGGUGUUAUCUAUGUCAAACGGAAGGUGGGAGCUUGUUCAUAUGUCGAGGAUCCCGUAGGGUGUCAGUCACUGCUUUCUCGAGCAAUGCACAAGGUAUUUGGUUUAAAAAGUCUGAGUGCAUCUGACUUACAUGUCAACGGUCAAAGAGAACUGAAUUCUGAUAGUGUGGACCAACUGGUUAGCACUUUCUCAUCAGAUCCCAGCAUAAUAGCUUUUGCCCAGUUGUGUUGUGACAAUUCUUGGAAUGACAGAUCUGAUUCCAAUUUCAAGGAGUUCUGCCUUCAAGUGUUGUUUGAAUGUGUGAGCAAGGACAGACCAGCUCUUUUGCAGGUUUAUUUAUCUCUUUAUACAACCAUUGCAUCUAUGGCUGAGCUGCUUGUCAAAAGUGACUGUGCCAUAUGGGAUUCACUUUCCAUCUCGAGCCUCAAGGUUGCUCUUGCCUACAACGAAGCCGUCUCAAGAGGAAGACUAUCCGCAUCGGGUGGAAUUGUUCAGUCAAUAUUCUUAGCAUCACUGAAAAAACGGUUCGAAGAGAUCUUAAACUGCUCAGGACAACUGAAGACUGACUUAACCAAUUAUCUGAGCUCAGGACUAUGGAUUGAUCAUAACAAACCACGAGAACACAAGGAUAUAAUCCUUCUCUCAUGGUACUUAAAAUGGUAUGGGGUACCAUCUCCAUCUGCCAUCAAAACAGCAGUGGAAAAGAUCAGACCAAAGCUCAAGCCCUCAACCUCGGCAGUACCCUUGUUGCGGCUGUUGCUACCGAGCACCCACAUUGAUGCAAUCAGCGAAAUUGAUCGAGUGUUCUUUUCCAACUCAGGCAGGGAAAGGUGAGUAAGAAGGCAGGCUUUGGUUCUUGCUCGUAGUUUAAGCUGAUGGGUUGAUUCUCUACUGUGAAUUUGGAGCCAUUGUCACUGAGAGAAUACAGAAACAGAACCAAAAGCAAAGUGCAGAGUGGGGCUUGGACUUUGAGCAACUCAAAUCUGAAGUUUUGCUUCAAUGGUUGUGUUUUGUGAGAAGUCCAUCAUGACACUGUAAAAGUAAUUGUACCAAUGUAAUGAAGGAAGACAACAUAAUUAUAGGGGAAUGAGGAAUGGAUUAUUCAUGUUUUAUGUUUUA